UGCAUGUUCGGUGUGUGUUUAAGAUUUCACUGUGUGUGUAAACUGCAGAGAAAACAUUUACCCAGUAAUUUAGACUGCAAAUACAAUUUUUAGUCAGUCCCCUGCCAGCCCACAUUCCUGAUCUGGUUUGAUAGUGAGGGGAACACCUAUGAAUACGUCAUAGCAGUGCUGUGCACGCGCUGUCCAAACAUCGCGCAAAUACGUUGCGUUACGUCGAUUUUGUACAAAAAGUCUUAAGACUUCGCUUUUCGUAAGGUGCGAGGCGGAAAGGUAUUUACAUGUUCUUGGGUGGUUGAAAGAUAAACAAAGUGCUUGAGCAGGUGAGCAGGAGUCAAGAGCUGAAGCGCUGGAGUGAUUUCCUCUCUGAGCACAAGUGAGAAACUCUUGGGUUUCAACAGCACAGAGGAGCAGCUUUCAGGGCCGGGAGGACAGGACAGCAUGUGGCGAAAUGAGAAGUAUGAGUCUGUUCCGUUGGAUGUGAAGGGGAUUGAUGAAGACGAUUCUAAAGGCACCAGGGACUCUCUUUACCCUGGCUCUGCUCUCCGGAAAACUCGACAGUUAGAUGAGAGACCAAAGGACUCGAAACUGUGGCCGUACUUUCAGGAUGGCCAAAGGCGGAUAGAUUACGUCCUCACCUACCACGUCCAGAAGCCCCCGAGCACUCGCAAACAGAAGUCCAAUUCCUGCUGCUUGAGACGUAAACGGACCAGCUCACCGUCUCAUGAGGACCCUGAACUCGCAGCUCAAGAGCAGAGGCUGGAUUACCAUGUGGACGACCAGCGCCUCCGCCGGGAGGAGUUUGAGGAGAACCUGUGUGAAAUGGGCCUUGAGAUGGAGAAAGAUGAAGGGACUAAAAUCCCAGGUGUGGGAUUCUUGAAGAUACAUGCGCCUUGGGAAGUUCUUUGUCGAGAAGCAGAGUUUAUGAAGCUCAAAAUGCCAACAAUAAAGAAAUAUGAAGUCAGUCCUGGAAGUGGCAUUGCGGAGAAGGUCAACAUGUUUAUGCAGAAAGUCACUGCACCUCUGCAACCUAAAGUUGUGGCUAGCCAGAUGGAAAAUGAGAAACACCUCUCCUACCCAUUCUCAAGAGAAAAACAGCAUCUCUUUGAUUUAUCAGACAGAAACUCCUUCUUUGACAGCAAAACCAGGAGCUCAAUAGUAUAUGAAAUUUUAAAACGAACAAAAUGCACACAGGCUAAGUAUGUCAUGGGAAUCAGCAGUCUACUGGGCAGUGGUGUUUAUACAGAAGCCUACCCUUUGCAUGAUGGAGAUAUUGACUGCGUACAUGCUGAACCAAAUGACAGAAAGAUCUUGUAUGAAGAGUGGGCGAGUUACAGUAUAUUCUACAAGUACCAGCCCAUCGGACUGAUCAGGAAGUAUUUUGGUGAGAAAGUGGGCCUGUACUUUGCCUGGCUGGGUGUGUAUACUCAGAUGCUAAUCCCAGCAGCGGUUGUGGGUGUUAUCGUGUUCCUGUACGGCUGUGCCACUGUGGACGACAAUAUCCCCAGCAUGGAGAUCUGCGACGAGAGAAACAACAUCACCAUGUGCCCAAUGUGUGACCGAGCCUGCAGCUACUGGAAACUGGUCACGGCUUGCGGCACAGCCAGGGCCAGCCACCUGUUCGACAAUGCGGCCACCGUCUUCUUCGCCAUCUUUAUGGCACUAUGGGCCACCAUGUUUAUGGAGCACUGGAAGAGAAGGCAAAUGAGGCUAAAUUACAUCUGGGACAUGACCGGCUUUGAAGACACAGAGGGGAAACAAAAGAGUCAUCCUAGAGCAGAGUAUGAGUUCCGUGUCAUGAAGAAGUCCUUGAAGAAAGAGCAAUCUCCAAAGACAGGAAAUGUGAAGCUGACAUGCACAGACAGAAUACCAGCUUACAUGACCAUUAUCGUCAUGAUGGUUUUUUUGAUCUUUGUGACCUUGGCCAUCGUGUUUGGUGUGGUGCUAUACAGGGUCUCCAUCAUGACUGCCCUGCACAUGAGUUCCACUCCCACUUUCCGCUCUAAUAUACGGGCCACCGUUAAAACCACUGGGGCUGUCAUCAACCUUAUUAUCAUCAUCAUCAUGGAUGAGGUCUAUGGAGCAAUUGCACGUUGGCUCACUAUUAUGGAGGUGCCAAAAACGGACAAAAGUUUUGAGGAGAGGCUGAUCUUCAAGACAUUCAUACUGAAGUUUGCAAAUGCAUUUACCCCUAUUGUGUACCUGGCGUUCUUCAGAGGCAGACUCAUUGGACGCCCAGGCAAAUAUAUCUACGUUAUGGGGUCUUACCGGAUGGAAGAGUGCGCCCAUGCCGGCUGUCUGAUGGAAUUGUGCAUUCAGCUCUGCAUCACCAUGCUUGGCAAGCAGCUCAUCCAGAAUAACCUGUUUGAGAUUGGCAUUCCGAAACUGAAGAAAAUGCUCCGACAACGCAAGAUAGACAAAAAGCAUCAGGAAGAGCUGAACAAAACGCUUCAUCGUCACGAGAAGGACCACUUCCUUGGGCCCUUUGUCGGACUCAACCCAGAGUACAUGGAAAUGAUCAUUCAGUUUGGGAUGGUGACCUUGUUUGUGGCCUCAUUUCCGCUGGCUCCCCUCUUUGCUCUACUGAACAACAUCAUCGAGAUCCGUCUUGAUGCCAAAAAGUUUGUCACGGAGCUGAGAAGACCGAUCGCUGUAAGAGCAAAAGACAUUGGAAUCUGGUACACUCUUCUCAGAGGACUCAGUAAAGUGGCCGUCAUUGUUAAUGCGUUUGUGAUCUCAUUCACCUCUGACUUCAUCCCACGCCUGGUCUAUCAGUACAUGUACAGUCCAGACGGGACUCUUCAUGGCUUUGUCAAUCACACCCUCUCAUACUUCAAUGUUAGUCACUUCCAGCCUGGCACUGAACCCAUGGAGCCUCUGCACCUGGGAUACCGCGUGGACGUCUGCAGGUAUAAAGAUUAUAGGGACCCUCCAUGGUCUGACACGCCAUACGAGUUCUCCAGAGAAUUCUGGGCCAUUCUGGCGGCUCGAUUCGCUUUCGUCAUCGUCUUUCAGAAUGUGGUAAUGCUGAUGAGCGACUUUGUGGAUUGGCUAAUCCCAGACAUUCCCAAGGACAUUAGCAUUCAGAUACACAAGGAGAGGAACCUUAUCGUUGAGUUGUUCAUGAAGGAGGAGAAGGGCAAGAAGAACAGGAACACCAUAAGCGACCCGAGCCCGCAGCCGCUCCGCGCGCGCCCCAGCUCUCAAGCAUAGAGCGGCGCUGCUCCAUUAUAACUCUGUGACCGGCUGAAGCAGAACGGAAAGCCUGUCGAGGACCACUGCUGCACGGAUCAGUGUCGUUACAAAGAAUGUUACAUGACUGCCACCUCAUUUGCAUACCAUUUUCCUUUUGUUUGUUAAUGAUCUUUUCUAUCAGCUUCAUGCAACGUCUGCAGGUAGGUUUUUUGGAAAGAGGGUUUGUAUUGUUUUAUCUGUUGACUGAUGAAUAUUGGAUGUAGUUUUGUGACUGCUUCAGCUAAUGAUCAUUUUUAUUUGAAAAUACGAUGCUUUUAUAGGACUUUUAACAUGAAAAUGUAACAUGUUUAUGUUUUCGAUAUUGUUGGAUAGGACUCUGAACCAACUCAUUUAAAGUGCUUUUUAAAUGAUUUAAUAUUAGACAUUUCAUUCAGAAUAUUUCUGCUCAAGGGAAUCAGCAACUAUCAAUAACAUGCUGUUUCCUUUUUAGGUACUAAGAAGUAGUUCUGUUCUGUCAUAGUAAUGAUCGUGUCUGUUUAGGCUUUAGUCGUCUAUAUAUAAAAUAUAGACAUAAAACACUACAGUUGAAUCAAAGUUACUACAAUCCUCACUGGGUCUUUUUUUUAGUAUUUUAGAAUUACUAGUACAUGCGAUUUUGACAGGAUGUUGAUUGAUCUUUUCGGCAGCAUGUGAGUGCUUGGUUUUUAGGUAGUGCAUCUGAAAAUUGUGAUAAGAAAGGGUACGCUGUAUAUAAACCCAUGAUGUUCAAGAGGCCUUAAUAUUCACGGAAAUGCACUGCAUUUAUUAAAGGGAUGGUUCACACAAAAAAUGAAAUUUUUGUCAUCAUUUACUCACCCUCAAGUUGUUCCAAACCUGCAUGAAUUUCUUUCUUUUGUUGAAGGGAGCCAAACAGUUGAUGGACUCCAUUGACUUCCAUAGUAUGGGAAAAAAAACUAUGGAAGUGAAUGGGGCCCAUCAACUGUUUGGUUCCCGACAUUCUUCAAAAUAUCUUAUUUUGAAUUCAACAAAAGAAAGAAAUUCAUACAGGUUUGAAACAACUUGAGGGCGAGUAAAUGACAGAAUUUUAAUUUUUGGGUGAACUAUCCCUUUAAUAUUGAGUCAUAUGGACAGAGUUUUGUGUCUGCCUGUCUGAAUGUUUUCUCUCUUGUCUUAAAUCGUGACAUUCCAACAUUAAUGAAAUGGCAACGAUGAUGGAAACGAUAUAUAUUGGUACAAUAUGUUGCAUGUGUCUUCCAUUCAAAGUAAUUAUGUAUGUCUAAAAGCGUGAUAAAAGAGUGGUUCUAAUUGAAAUGAAUAUAAUAUAAAUAUAAUAAAUGAAGUCUUAAGACAUACUCUCUGUUUGUUUGGACAUAUGGCAAUGUUUGUUUGUAAAUUUUAAUAUUCAUGUAUCCCCAGAAAGGCUUUGGUUCUACCUUUAUUAAUAAAUGUACAAUGUAAACCCAUUUUUAGACUGUUACAUCAUCCACAUACUGUUUACCUCUGUGAAAGAAUGUCUUUUGUGUUUUCAGUGUCUCAAACUGGUAAUGGGAAGGUUAUGACUACUUUUGCUUUUGAAUGGUUUCUUAAAUAAAUAUAUCAUAUACGA